AUGGUGAAGAAAAUCGUGGACAUUUGUGCGAGUCUCGUCCCUCCGAUUUCCUACGCCGACUGCGUGGGAUACUCGACGUUGAUGACAAACGUCCAGAUUUGGCUGGGAAUAUUAGGCGCCUUGGGAUGGUUCGGAGGCCAAUGGUGCGCGAUUUCAACCAUGUUUGGUCUUUUGGCGCUCGUGUCGUACGAGAUGAAGAGCGCGAACAUCAUGAAAUAUUUGGCGGUGAGUAUUUUACCGCUCACGGUUUGCGACGUGAUUUGGAUGAGCACGUACGCGAAAGAGGCGUCGACGGUAAGAACGAAGUGGACGUUGGCGUGCGUGAUCUUUUUAUUCUUCAUGCGAGUGCCACAGUUUUUCGUGUGGUCGAAAAUGUGGAGCACGGAUUUCGGAGAGACGAACGACGACGCGUUCGAAGGGCAACAGCAACAGCAACACGUAGGAACGCAGCAGGCAUACGCUUCGCCAGGCGUAGGCGUUAGAUUAGACGACGUGCAAACGACGGAGACGCCGAGAGACCCGAACGUGCCGCCACCGUAUCAGCCUCCGAAUGAGUUUGCUUAA